AUGGAGGGCAGAUGGAUGGAGGGCAGAUGGAUGGAAAGGCGAUUUAUCAAGUCUGGAUGUUCCUUCAAUACCUCUAGAUCACAGCACUGGAACUAAGGUAGCCACACGUCACAGAAGGUUCAUUGCCUGGCCACCAGAGUCCACCUUAACCAUCACACCUGCCCUGAGUCUACCUGUCCUCUCCCACCAUGACAGUUAUCAAAAGACAGCAAUGUAUAUAGCUUUACCAUUUACACUACAGCUGCCCAGAGGACCAUUAAAGCUAACAGGUGUAUCGGGGAAAGCUGAAGGACGUGAUAGCUGGACUUCACUUGAUAGCCAAAGACAUUGGAUUUUUGCUGUCAUCCAAGAAGCUAUAUCUACGACGGGACUACCAGCUCGACCUUGUGUCCUAAAGGUCAUCUGUGAGGUCGCUUACAUACCCCUCGAUGACCUGGGCUUGUUAGGUCAAGUGGUCAAUCUUAUCUUCGCGGUCGGGUACGGGGAAGGCACGGCAGAAAUGGUUGAGUUUCACCUGGCAGAAGAAAACGGACUUAGUGGGGGAGACUGCAGUAAACUCUACCCCCUCUGCCCCGUCUCUCUCGCUGGCCUCCUCCACGAUUGCCUCUCGUACCUCCACGGUGGUUUAGUCAGUGCUGGAGGACAAGUUUGAGGCUUAAUUGUAGUGUUGUGGCCUCCAAAUCUGGCGUAUUCUACCUCCACAUAACAAGCUAGAGGUUGAUUAUAGCAUCGUGGCCUCCAGAAAUGGCGUAUUCUUACCUCCGAACCAAACCUAACCUAACGCUACCCAAAUCUAACCUAAAGCAAACCUAACCUAACUGAACGCUACCCUAAACAAACCUAACCUAACCAAAUCCCUCCAAGGUGGCAAAUAUAUUAGGGUGUUUAAAUCAUCAGGUGAAAUAAACUGGAGUCUCUAAUCUUCAGGUGAUCUAAUUAUCUAACUGUA